AUGUCAGCUAAUCCCAAUAGAGUCCGAGGCAAUAAGGUCAAUCUGAAUGAGGUCAAGGAUGUCUACGAUCCCCAUGUGUCGUAUUUAGCUGCGGCAACCGCCGAGGAUCCUGCGUUGGCCUUUACGCAGCAUCCAUCUCAACACCAGUCUCCCCAUCAGCAUAACCCGUACGCUUCGUACUCUGCAGAGUUGCAGCACCGGGCCGAGUUGCAACGAAGACAGCAACAGAUACAGCAGCAGGAGUUGCAGCAUCAGCAGUUGAAGCAGUAUCAGCAACAGCGCAGAGAAUUGGCUCACGCCCAGGCGCAGGUUCAACAGGCGCAGGUGAGGGCACAAAUGGAAGCGCAGGCCCAAGCCCAGGCUCGUGCUCAAGCUCAAGCUCAAGCUCAAGCUCAAGCUCAAGCUCAAUCGAAAUCUAGAGCACGAGCCCAGGCUCAGGCUCAGGCUCAAGCGCAGGCUCAAGCUCAAGCUCAGGCACAGGCGCAGGCACAGGCGCAGGCACAGGCGCAGGCACAGGCGCAAGCCCACAGUCAAGCGCAAGCACGAGCUCAUGUCGAAGCUCUUCAAGCUCAGGCAGAUGCUCAAAUACGAGCUCAGAUGCAAGGUACCAACACGCCGCAGCCGCAAUACCAGACAAACCAACUCGUUGGUGACCCGUCCCAGCAACAACGACAACAACUACAACUACAACUACAACAGCAACAGCAGCAGCAACAGCAACAGCAACAACUGGAGCAACAGCUGGAGCAAUCACCACAACAAGCAGUAGCUGGGCUCGGCGAUGAUUUCAAUCCCAAUGCAGAUUUGAAAUCGCGAUAUUCCGAGAAUGAAAUCAUCAAAACGUUUAGCAGCAAGCCCGACCUUGUCAAGUACGUCAAACAUGUGCUAGGCCCAGAAGAGAGCAGCAGAAUAGUCAUAAAUUCCUCCAAGGCAAAAGCUGUGUAUUUCCAAUGCGAAAGGUCGGGCUCAUUUCGAACUACGGUUAAGGACCUUGAGCUGAGGCAGCGGAUUGCCUAUACCAAGAGAAACAAAUGCGCGUUUAGGUUAGUUGCCAACUUGUACCCUUCGGAGAAGGAGCAGCAAAAGAGGAACCCCAAGUUGGAACGGGAAAUUGGCGAAUAUAACGAAAUCAAAAGUCAACACCCCGAGCUUGAUGGCGGGUUGGGCGAAAUGUGGAUUUUGCGAAUGAUUAACCCGCAACACAACCACCCUCCUGACCCUUCGAGCAAGAAGAAGAGACAGAAAACGUCGAGGACAUUGGUGCAAAAGCCAAUCAAUAAGCCACCGCAGAGAUAUCGACAUCAGUCUAGUUUGCAGGACCAGCAACAGCAAAUCACACAACAACCACACCACCACCACAACCACCUCAACCAGCAACAGCAGCAGCAGCCACGUCCACAGCAGAUCCAACUACACCAGCAGCAACCGGCUCCACAAAUGCAAAUGCAUCAGAACCACAUUUACCAGCCGCAAUCACAGCACCUCGAAACUGCGUUAUCCGGUAUGACCGCCAAUUAUUCCGAGUUGAUAGGACAUUUGAGCAAUAACUUGUCUCAUCAGCCUCUGCAACAGCAACAUCAGCAACAUCAACAUCAACAACCGCAACAACAAUCACAACCACAUCAGAUGCUACAAGCAGCCCCGCAAGUUCAUCACCUUCAGCAACAACCGCAACGUGUUGGUGUAGUUGGCAGUAGUGGUUCUGUUGGUGGUGGCUCUGUCGGCGGAGGCGCAGGUGCACUGUUGGACCCCACGGAUACAUCCGUGUAUGCGGCAUUGGAAGCAUCUGCCGGCGAGGGGUCCUCGUCUUCGAACCAGACGGGUUCAAAUAGCCUUGCAGCAGCAGCAGCUGCCGCGACUGCCGCUUUGAACUCCCAAAAUACCCCGGGUUUGGAUGCUUCACUUGACCCUAACGUUGAUCCUAAUGUUCAGGCUCAUGACCAUGCGCAUGGGAUGAGACCGGGGGAACUUUUGUAG